CCCCCGCCUCCUUAAAUCCCGGCCCCUCCCCGCCGCCUCCAGCACGCAGGCAGCUCCGAGAAAGAAGAGAUCAAUUCACGAGGUAGAGCAGAUGCAAAUCCUCGCUCGCUCGAUCCUUCGACGCUGUGAAAUAGCCACCAGCUCUCCAUCUCCUGCCCCAGCGCCAUGCCUCCGCUCUUUCAUGGCCGCAGCGGCGGCGGCUCCGCCACGCUGCUGGUGGCGGCCACGAGCGCGUGUGCGGGGAGACCUUCCACCCUCGGCACCUCCCGAUCGACCUGUCCGCCGGCCUCUUUGUUGUCAAGCUGCUAAAACUCGCGCUUCCGCUGGUCUGUUCCAGACCAACUUCAGAUUAUUUCACAAUAAUGGAUCUCGCAACAUGGCCAGCACCACUGGGAUCAAAGGCGAACCAGACAAUGGCGAACAAGAUAAUGGGAGGGGAAUAGGUGCGCAUGACGAUGACGAGAAGAAAUAUGCGAGGAAGAAGAAGAAGGUAACCCGUGAUGGUAUGUUUCUUCUAUGUGGCGAGGGCCCUCCUGGUGGUGAGCUCAGCCAAGACGGAGAAUAUCCGAGUUCGGAAGAUGAGGAGUUCUGUUGCACCUGCUCUGACGAUGUAUACCCUAUGGCUGUACUGCCAUACAGCACGCACCGUGAUGGCUUUAUAUACAGGUUUGGCGGAGGAUGGGGAAAAGACUAUUGUAUUGCAGACCGUGAUGAGACUCGGUGCGAUGCAAUGAUGUUAUCCAAUCCCAAAGAGUGCAUGUUCUCUGGUGCAACUUGUUAUCAGCAUCGUCCAGGUCGCAUGUUGCAAAUUUUUUCUUUAAAGUUGGCUAAAUGUCAAGUGGCGGAGGGUGGCCCAGUAGAGUUGUAUGGGUACAUAGCUGCAAGGGACAUUCUGGAUCCGUUGCUUAAUUAUGUCGUCAAUGUUAACAGGGAUGAUCCCAUCCUUGUGGAACAGGGUUCCCUCAUUGAAAUAACUGGCCCUAAGCGAGGGAUCGAGUUGAAUUAUGCUACUCUAAUUGAAUAUGACAUGAGGAUCAAGACAGGAAAGCAAGAAAAGGAUGAUCUGCAGCUCAUUGACGGCGUAUCACUUAUAGAUGAGCUAAGCACAUAUUAUAUUAGGGAACCAUUCACAAGACGUAUGCAUGGUGAUUGUGGAGCAGUUGACAUAACUUUAGUAUGUGUUAGCGAUGCAGUUGAGGCGACGGUGGAAGUCGUGGUAUCAGAAGUGCGGAGCAAUUUCAGUUUGUGUGUCGGCUGUUUCACCAGUGGGUUAGAUCAAGAAAUCAGGCUCUUUGAUGGUACCAUCAGUGAGUCGCGUGGCUUAAGGAGGUCUGUUGUUGCAGUAGCGAUGGAUACUUGCAUAGAUGUGAAGCUCAGGGUAGGUUCAGGCGAUAAAGAUGCGGAACAUUGCUGUACCUUCAAGGCGACCAAUCAUGGAUACACUAGCCAACUGGUAAAAGUCAAGUUUGCCAUAAUCUUGGUGAAGGUGACUUGGUCGACGUUGUCUAUGUUGCCUUAGGCUAUCUCCAACCGUCGUUCUCUAUAUCCUUCUUUAUAUCCGUCAUUUAUAGACUUCUCUACAAGAUUCUCUCCUCUAUAUCUUAUUUCUCUCCAACAACGUUCUCUAAAUCUCGUUCUCUAUACAUUA